CUGUUUUGUUUGUUUCAGGUUCUCGGCCUAUUUGGAUCUACACAGUGGAAGUUGCAUCUUGUGUAUGGCGUGGUUAAGCUUGCAGCCUGUCACCUCGGCCUUCCUCCAUUUUGGGCUGGUUACUUUUGUGCUGUUUUUGCAUGGUUUGCAGGUGGAUGCUGGCCUGACGGGAGACUCAACCAGUACAGUACAAAACAGCUCGUGCUCAGGAUCUUUUGACUGCAAGGAGGGUGUUAUCCUGCCAAUAUGGUACCCAGAAAACCCAUCCCUUGGGGACAAAAUUGCCCGUGUUAUUGUAUACUUUGUAGCGCUGAUCUACAUGUUCCUUGGAGUCUCCAUCAUUGCAGAUCGUUUCAUGGCAUCUAUAGAGGUCAUUACAUCACAGGAGAAAGAAAUAACAAUUAAGAAACCAAAUGGAGAGACCACAACGACCACCAUUCGGAUUUGGAAUGAAACUGUUUCCAACUUGACCCUCAUGGCUCUGGGCUCCUCUGCUCCUGAGAUCCUCUUGUCUCUGAUAGAAGUGUGUGGGCAUGGAUUCAUAGCUGGAGACCUGGGGCCAUCCACAAUUGUUGGCAGCGCUGCGUUCAAUAUGUUUAUCAUCAUUGCCAUCUGUGUCUAUGUGAUCCCUGAUGGGGAAACCAGGAAGAUAAAACACCUGAGGGUUUUCUUUGUCACAGCUGCAUGGAGCAUCUUUGCUUACAUCUGGUUGUACAUGAUCCUUGCUGUCUUCUCUCCAGGUGUGGUUCAGGUUUGGGAAGGCCUGCUCACGCUUUUCUUCUUUCCACUUUGUGUCGUCCUGGCUUGGAUAGCAGAUAGACGCCUGCUUUUCUAUAAGUACAUGCACAAAAAGUACCGUACUGAUAAGCACAGGGGCAUUAUCAUAGAAUCAGAAGGCGAUCACCCGAAGGGAAUUGAGAUGGACGGCAAGAUGAUGAACUCUCACUUUCUAGAUGGGAACUUAGUGACUGUGGAGGGGAAGGAGGUAGAUGAAUCUCGCAAAGAGAUGAUCCGGAUCCUAAAGGACCUGAAGCAAAAGCACCCAGAAAAGGACUUGGACCAGCUGGUAGAGAUGGCCAACUACUACGCCUUGUCUCAUCAGCAGAAGAGCAGAGCCUUUUAUCGCAUUCAAGCAACCAGAAUGAUGACGGGAGCUGGCAAUAUUCUGAAGAAGCAUGCAGCUGAGCAAGCCAAGAGAACCACUAGCUUGCAUGAGGUACGGCCAGAGGAACCCGAGGAAUUCAUCUCUAAAAUUUAUUUUGACCCGUGCUCCUACCAGUGUCUUGAGAACUGUGGUGCCGUUCUCCUGACAGUGGUGCGGAAAGGAGGGGACAUGUCCAAGACCAUCUAUGUGGACUAUAAAACAGAGGAUGGCUCUGCCAAUGCUGGUGCUGACUAUGAGUUCACAGAGGGGACUGUUGUCUUGAAAUCUGGGGAGACCCAGAAGGAGUUCUCGGUGGGAAUUAUUGAUGAUGACAUAUUUGAGGAAGAUGAGCAUUUCUUUGUGCGGCUCAGUAACCUCCGUGUGGUGGAGAGUGAGGAACCUCCAGAGCUCAGUAACUCCCCAUACCCAAAGGCCAUAUUGGCUUCUCCUUGUGUGGCCACAGUGACUAUCCUGGAUGAUGAUCAUGCUGGCAUCUUCACAUUUGAGUGUGACAUUAUACAUGUCAGUGAGAGCAUUGGUGUGAUGGAAGUCAAAGUCCUAAGGACAUCAGGUGCGCGGGGUACAGUCAUAGUGCCAUUUAGGACAGUAGAAGGGACAGCGAAAGGAGGUGGAGAAGACUUUGAAGACACUUACGGGGAGCUGGAGUUCAAGAAUGAUGAAACUGUCAAAACAGUUCACAUCAAGGUAAUUGAUGAUGAGGAGUAUGAAAAAACCAAGAAUUUCUUCAUUGAGCUGAUGAGCCCCCGCAUGGUGGAUAUGAGUUUACAGAAAGCCCUACUGCUCACGCAAGAGGUGGCUGAGAGGAAGAUGACAGUUGAAGAGGAGGAAGCCAAGAGAAUUGCAGAGAUGGGCAAACCAAUACUCGGCGAGCACCCCAAACUGGAAGUCAUCAUUGAGGAGUCCUAUGAGUUCAAGAGCACCGUGGACAAGCUGAUUAGGAAGACAAACCUGGCUUUGGUUGUAGGGACACAUUCCUGGAGGGACCAGUUCAUGGAGGCCAUUACUGUGAGCGCAGCAGGUGAUGAGGAUGAGGACGAGUCUGGUGAGGAGCGCCUGCCAUCCUGCUUUGACUACGUGAUGCACUUCCUGACAGUCUUCUGGAAGGUGCUUUUUGCCUGUGUGCCCCCCACUGAAUACUGCAAUGGCUGGGCCUGCUUCGUCGUCUCCAUCCUCAUCAUUGGCAUGCUCACCGCCGUCAUCGGCGACCUCGCCUCCCACUUCGGCUGCACCAUUGGCCUCAAGGACUCGGUGACCGCCGUCGUCUUCGUCGCCUUCGGCACUUCUGUACCAGACACCUUCGCCAGCAAAGCUGCAGCCGUCCAGGACAUGUACGCUGACGCCUCCAUCACCAAUGUCACAGGCAGCAACGCUGUCAACGUCUUCCUGGGCAUCGGGCUGGCGUGGUCGGUGGCAGCGAUCUACUGGGCGUCGCAGGGGCAGGAGUUCCAGGUGUCAGCAGGCACCUUGGCGUUCUCCGUCACCCUCUUCACCAUCUUCGCCUUCAUCUGCAUCAGCGUCCUCCUCUACCGCCGGCGACCCCACCUUGGGGGGGAGCUGGGCGGCCCCCGGGGCUGCAAAGUGGCCACGACAUUGCUCUUCGUCAGCCUCUGGCUGCUCUACAUCCUCUUCGCCACCCUGGAGGCCUAUUGCUACAUCAAGGGGUUUUAGGCGGUGGAGGGACGGUGCUGCCGGGGGAGGGACCACCUCCUCCGUUACCUCACCGGACACCGGUCCUGGAAGCGCUGUUUCACUGGAGGGUACGGCCGUCUGUCAGGGGCUGCCACCGCCCAGACGGUCGGACAGCUGUGCCAAGAAAGGCAAAACCAUCACAGAGUGAAAAAAACAAAGAGACAAAACCCAUCCAAAAAUGGUACAAAAGAAAGCAACAAUGGCAAGUGUUGAAAUAAAACACAAUAAACCCAGGCACUGACCCUAUUCAAUGAAAUUACAAAGUUUCAACCAUCUCCAAAGGCCACCUCUCCCAUAGGGGGGUCAUCUCCUUUCCUGCCGAGCACCCUCCACUGUAAGGAGGUGUUUCCUUAUUUUUACAAGCUGAGAAUUGCAGAAGUCUGGUUCAGGAAUUUGUGGGGGUUUUUUCUUUUUUUUUUCUGUUCACUCAUUGCUUUUCAGUUCCGGGGGAGCACGCAAAUUCUUUUUUUUUUUUUUUUUUUUAAUACUUAAUCCAAAAAAAGUUAAACUCAAAGCUUCAAGUUGCCGUCAGUGCUGGAAUUGAACAUGUGUAUUUCUGAAGCCACAAAAGACUGUGACACAGUCAAAAAACUUUUUCACUAUUACCCCUUUCCUCCCCUGCCACCUUCCAUUACUUUCUUUUUUAAGAACAUCACAAGACUGAUAUAUUUUUAAUACAAACACAGACACAAAGUCACACACAUUUAGUGACAAAAGCUGGAGCAUGUAGCAUCUCAAUCACCUGCCUGGGCUAAGAAAAAAAGAAGGAAAAAAACCCCCAACCCUAUAAUACAAUACGUGUCAUGUAUAUUUUGACUAUGGCAUUUCUCUUUGUAUAAUUAACUUUGAGCUCAUGGUACUGCAGGGAGAGAAAAUUCUGAUAAUUUACAACCAUAAACAUCCUGCUCUGGGUGGAACAAGGGGGAAAUAAAACAUCCUGACGUGGGUGGAACAAGAGGGACAGGGAGAGCAGCACUGUCUCCUUGGGAUGGUGGUGGUGGUAGGUUUGCUGCGUGGUCCUCCUGCUCAGAGGUGGAAGUGAAUUCAGGAAGACCCGGAUAGCGUGCCCACAUGUUCCCAACACCAUCCCACCCAGAGCUGUGGCGUGGCUGCCCUUCCAUUCUGUUGCUGCCCCAUUUUUCAAGCAGCCACACCUCGUCCACACCAUUUACAGGUACGAGCUUGAAAACUGCCACCCACGUCAGGACUCCUACAUUAUCGCAAGUACCUUUAGGGAACACCAGACAGACAAAAAAAAAGCAUCAUUUUAAUUUGAAAUGCAUUUCUUUUUAAGGAUAAAGAAGAAAAAAACCCACCAUCAUGAGAAUAUGUCAUGAGUUACAUCAACAGCUGCAAAUUGAAAUGUUGGGUUGGUAAUAAAAUAAAUAAAAACUA